UGCCUUAGUGAAGGAACUUCAAUCGAAUCUUGUUCAAAACGUAUUUCUCCUCUAAUUUUUUCUUAGUCAUGUCGGGGAUCAUAACAACAGUUUGUAAAGCGACUUUUAAUCCCGUGAUCGCAACAGCAGUUUUUGGUGAAACCGUUGGAUGGCUUGUGAAUGCAGGCAGAGAUAAAGCUGCCGAAAAGCUUCAAGAUGGCGAUGUUGCAGAUGAAGAAUUUCGUCGCAUCAUUAUGAGUGAAAUCUACGAAAUGAAGCUCAAGCUAGACGGGGAAUCAAAGAAAGAUUUGUCAGCAAGUAUCAGCCACUUUGAAGAAGGAAUCGAGUUGUUGUAUGAAGUACUUAAAGAAAUCAGGCCAAGAAGGGAUACUGGCGCUGAUGCAGCACAAGCGGCGUGUGCGGAAGCUGUGUCGCUCACUGAAGGAAUGCGAAACUUGGAGCUUACUGAAUCUACCACAAGAAAGCUUGCCAAUGCAAAGGAUAGAUUCAAAAUUGCUCGUGAAAAAGCAACAGAUGCCUUUUCAAAUGAAGCGCUAUCAACGUUCGACCGCAUCUUAGCAAUGCAGUACCGAGUGAUAGCAACGGUAUUAGAGACAGUAGACCACCCCACGGAUGCUCUAACAUCAUGUAAACGCUGUAUUGACGAGCUAAAUGGUCUGCCAGUGGUUCAGCAAAGUCUUAAAGUACAACUCAAGACAGGAAUCAGUAAUGUAAAGGGUUGGUUUAGCCAAAAAGAACGACAGAAACUCAUUUCCGGUGUUUGUCUUGUAAAUCGUGUGGCUUACGAUGUCACACGAACAAUAUCCGUUAAAGAACCAUUGCCGCAGUGGCCUAUGGUUGAUACAGGACAGGAGAAAGUUGAUUUGCUGCGAGACGAAAGAGUUACAAGAGCACUAUGUAAACAGGGCAUGGAGCACUGUAGUUUAUCAUGGAUACUUGGUCAGGAUGGUGUAAAGGUGGACAGUAUAAAUGAUCCAUGCAAUAUCGCUACCGACUCAAGCGGGCAAUAUAUUGUAGCAGACAGUGACUUGAUAAUAAAGGUGUUUGACAACAAUGGCAAGUUUGUGAAAUCUUUUAGACUUCCUCCUCUUAUCGAUGACAAUGGUACAGAACUAUCGAUUGAUAGCUGGCCGGUUCAUCUGGCCACAGACAUGAACGACGACAUUUAUGCCCUGGUUAAAGAAAAGAAUCGUAAAGACUCACACUGGAUUUUUAAGUUUAACAAAAUCGUUGAGAAGCAUCUAAGGUUUCGUGUCAGGGAAAUGGGCUUCGACUUUUACCUGUGUAAACUGUCAGUCAGUGAUAGUGGUAAAGUGCUGGUACUGAAGGGUGACUGGAGAAAGGAAUAUUACAUUGUGGAUGUUUAUGAGACCGAUGGUCGCUUCGUUUGCAGUUUUGGAGAACAAAUCUUGAGGAGCCCGAGGGACAUCACUGUUACUGCAAGUGAUGGCAGGGUUAUGGUGGUGGAGCUAUUUCCUUCCCGCUGUGUUCACAUAUUCAGCGAAAACGGUGACCAUCUGGGCAAGUUUGAUCUCCAAGAUUCUUUACACCAUCCAAAUAUUGCCUUUCAUAAGGAAAGUCAACAAGUCAUCGUGGCCAGUACUGAUUCUACGGAAAACCUCCUGCAUGUAGGAAUUUACACCAAGGAUGGUAAGUUUCUAAGGAGCACUCUUAUCCACAAAGAGAUCUUCGGGCUGCAUGGGAUUGCAGUGACCACUGAAGGACGUAUUGCGGCAGUAGCUAAGUUUAAAGAUAACACAGGCAAAGUAAUCAUUAUUUAAAAGAAGCACUUAUUUGUCUGCCUCUCUGUCAAGUUCAUUUUACAGACUCGGUUCAGCUACAUAUGCUCAUAGGGCUUUUAAAAACUCUUCUUUCAUGAGGAAUAUACAAGCAAGUGAAUUAGCUGACUUCUGAGUUUUUCAGGAUUGUUAAUUAUCCAGGAUAAAUUGGUGCUUUGCUUCUCUAAUCAGAAAAUUAAAAAACACAAUUGAUACCAUUCCUUAUUUUUCCACAAGGUGUGAAGCAAUCUUAUGCUCAAGUUUCACUCGCAAAAUGUAGGCGUUUUUAGCCUCAGUCUUUACUUUGUAAUACAAUGGAAAGCCAUUGAACAGAUGAUAUUUAUUUUCCUUCGUAGACAAAUGUUUUGUUAUUGAUUAUGUAGGAAGCUAAUUGAUGGCUGUAGGUCGGCUGAUGAUAUGAUGCAUAUUUGAAAACCAGCCUUGUGGUUCUUAAUCCUUCAUCUAUUUACAUGUGAUAGUUUAUUCUCCAUUACAACCGUGAAACAUUUCCUUGUAAUAUGAGGAAAAAAACUUGCUAUAUCCAAGAGUACACCAUCAAAAAGCUAAGAUAUUUGCUUAUUAUAAUGACCUAAUUACUGGAUAAUGUAUGGAUACUGUAGGGAAAAGUUGAAUGUGAUUCUUUUCUGCGAGUGAAAGGGUUCAAGAAUAUGAAAGGGAAAUUUACUUUAUAGAUAUA